CCCAACCAAUGCUGCGUUUCUUUGCUACACACGAUCAAGGUCAAACUUGAUCUCUCGACCGUUGACCCCCAACGGCCCGAGAACACCCGCAAAUGAGAAAUUCGGAGGAAUCUUCACUCAAACCCCAGUAACCCGCUGUUCAUCUCUUCCGAGAGAUGGGGAGCCGGUACUGCCCGCAAGGGCCUGGUGUGAAAUGACAGCCCACUAGACUGCGUUCGGAGGGAUGUCGCACAUCUGCAAUCGGCAUCAGAAACAUCGGGGCUCGGACAUUGUUCGAGGUUUCCCCAUGGGAGAGUCGUUGCGAAGAUUGUGUGCGCGGGCUUAUGCUCCGUGCGACACUUUAGUGCAAUACGCAGCAUACUGUACCCCUCUUUCUCCCUUGGGGGAAGGAGGGGAUGGUAGAAUUCGAUUCCGAUCAUUCUGGUUGGGAUGGUGCUUCUUCUUUUUUCUUCUAGGUGAGUGGUUACUGUCAGACUGGGAAGAGUGGUGUGUGUCCCUGGCUAAUUUGUUGGGGGCGGGUCCUGUUUGGUCCUAUUGCCUUUCGUUUUAAUAGAUAUCGGUGGUUGGAUGGUAUACCAGGAUUGGGAGGCGUACUCCGUAUAAUGUUUGUUAAUGAUAUUAAUUGACUCUUG